GAAGAUGGCGGCCGCCCGUGGGUUAUCGCUAAUGGCCGUGGCGCUGAGGGUGGUCACUCCCUGGGCAAGGGGCAGGCUCCUCGCGGCCUCUUGCGGACCUCAGGCUCGUCGGGAAGCGUCGUCCUCCAGCUCCGAGGCCGGAGAAGGACAGAUCCACCUGACCGACAGCUGCGUCCAGAGGCUUCUGGAAAUCACCGAAGGGUCAGAAUUCCUCAGGCUGGAGGUGGAGGGAGGCGGAUGCUCCGGAUUCCAAUACAAAUUUUCACUGGAUACAGUUAUCAAUCCCGACGACAGCAAGCUGGUAUCAGUCUUGCUCUUCCGAGAUGAGCUGAGCUGA